UAUGGGUAUAAACCAAUGCCAGCAGUAAAGCCAGGGUUUGUGUUGAGUAGAGAGCUGAAGCUGAGGAACUACACCCCAGAGGAUGAAGAGCUGAAGGAGAGACAGGUGCCCAAGGCCAAACCUGCUUCAGUGGAGGAGAAAGUGAAGGARCAGCUAGAUGCAGCUAAACCAGAGUCUGUCAUUGAAGAAGUGGAUUUGGCCAACCUAGCCCCCAGGAAACCUGACUGGGAUUUGAAACGAGACGUGGCGAAGAAGCUGGAGAAGCUUGAGAGGAGAACACAGAAGGCCAUCGCUGAACUUAUCCGUGAUCGUCUGAAAGGCAGCGAGGAGGAGCUGGCUGGAGCUGUGGGAGCCAUAGGGGUACAGCAGAGGGGACUCGGAUGACCCCUUAAUCCAGAGACACACCGCGCGGUCCUGGAUCUGACCCUACCAAUGUUCCUGUUCUGUACAGCUGAAGUUUGUGUGGGAAUCGGAGACUUUUGGUUUCCGUAGCUGUUAAAGCUACUUGGGGAGUGUGAAUAUGCAAUUGAAUAUGUCACCUUGAUGACUUCUCAACUCUAGUCCUAGACGUCACAAAUGACACCCUAUUCCCUGUAUAGUGCACUACUUUUGACAAGUAGUGUGCUAGAUAGGGAGUAGGGUGCCAUUUGGGAUGCAGAGCCUGUGUGAAAGUCCGACCAGACUGUCCGUGUAGUGCUAGCUAGAGGAACAUUGGGGACUGUUGUAAACAGCUGUUGUAACGAUCGUCUGUUAUUCAUGCAUCUUUUUAAUUCUAUUUUCCAGUAAAAUGAUUUUGAUUUUCC